GGAAGAAACUCUCUUUAGGACCCCGUGAAAUCUCGUCCAAUCCGCCGGUUUCUGCAGUAAGAUCGGAGCAGCUGGAAGAGGCCUCGCCGGCUGAGGAGGAGGAGGACAGGGAGAGAAGCAGAAGGAAGAUCCGGGAGCGAAAACGAAAAGGUUCAGGCCUGGGACUGGCAAAAAGGGUAAAAGAAAGGACAGCGGAGGCUCCACCCAGAGGGUUUUGAUGUUACUUUAUUAUUUUUCUAUUAUUAUUUUUUGUAAAAUCUUGUUUUCACGAUGCCGUCCAACGCUGCCACAGCCACCACUACCACCACAUUCAAAAGUUCCGACUUCGAUCAUGACGCAGCUGCAUAUAAAGUGAAUGACGCGCAACCGCUAGAGAGGAGUCAGGAGGAGAAGCCAACCCACAGCAUACCAGCGAAGAAAGCAGGUCGACCUGGCAGGAAACGCAAGCAGCCGCCGGUUGAUAGCUGUGAUACCUCAAAGGAAUGUGUGGUGGGGCCCAAGUGCCAUUCGAGCACAGGGAGCAAGUCCUCGGUGCAGGCUCACAACGGAGAUAUGGACAGUAGUCCUGGAGACAUUAGUGCCGCCUCCUCCCAGCAGAACAAGGACAAGGGUGUCCCGGAAAACGGUGUCUCCAAAGAGCCUUCCCGUAAGGCUACUGAGCUGGAUGAGAUGGCUCAAGAAGGGGACGGGAAGGGAGAGCAAGGUGCCUCUCUCGAGAAUGGCUGCUUCACACACUGGGAGGACCAAGGCUCAGAGAAAGGAGAAGAGGAACAGUUGCAACCCACUCCCCGAAAGAAACGUGGGAGGCAGAAACUGGAACAUCCUGAGAAAUACACAGAGGAAGAAGAGGAGACCAGUUAUGAUCCAGUCAAAACAGAGCAGGGAACUCGAGCCAGGCUUCGUGGGGGACUGGGCUGGAAAACCAGCCUACGUCAGAGGCCCAUGCAGAGAAUAACCUUCCAGGCCGGGGACCCUUAUUACAUUAACAAGAGGAAGAGUGAUGAGUGGCUGGCCAAAUGGAAGAUGGAGGCAGAGAAAAGGGCCACACUUGUUGCUGUGAUGAACUCACUGGAGGAAACUGUCGGGAACGAGAAACAGAAGGAGGAGGAGGAGGAGGAGGUGUCCAGCGAGGCCCCCUCCCAGCAGCCCACAGAUCCCGUCUCACCCACUGUGGCCACCACCCCCGAGCCCGUCGGAGCAGAGGCCUUGGAGAAAACUGCCUCUAAGUCAGUGGAUGACGAAGCCGAAUACGAGGACGACCGUGGCUUCGGAAUCGGGGAGCUGAUCUGGGGGAAGCUGCGCGGAUUCUCCUGGUGGCCUGGACGCAUCGUCUCCUGGUGGAUGACAGGGAGGAGCAGAGCUGCCGAAGGAACCAGAUGGGUCAUGUGGUUCGGUGACGGCAAAUUUUCGGUGGUCUGUGUGGAGAAGCUGAUGCCUUUGAGUUCAUUUUCGAAUGCCUUUCACCAGCCAACCUAUAGCAAACAACCCAUGUACAAGAAAGCAAUUUACGAGGUCCUCCAGGUGGCAAGCAGCAGAGCAGGUAAAAUCUUCCCAGCAUGUCCUGACAAUGACGAAACUGACACGUCCAAAACAGUGGACUUUCAGAACAAGCAGAUGAUCGAAUGGGCUAUGGGGGGAUUUCAGCCCUCGGGUCCAAAGGGUCUGGAGCCACCAGAAGACGAGCGCAAUCCCUACAAAGAAGUUUACACGGAGAUGUGGGAGGAGCCUGAAGCAGCAGCCUAUACACCCCCUCCCCCGGCUAAAAAACCAAGAAAAAGCACAGAGAAACCCAAGAUCAAGGAGAUCGUAGAUGAGGGAACCCGAGAGAGACUUGUUUAUGAAGUGAGGCAAAAAUGCAGGAACAUCGAAGAUAUCUGCAUUUCCUGUGGAAGUCUGAAUGUUUCCAUUGGCCAUCCCCUCUUCAUGGGAGGCAUGUGCCAAAACUGUAAGAAUUGUUUCCUGGAAUGUGCCUAUCAGUAUGACGAUGAUGGUUACCAGUCAUACUGCACCAUCUGCUGUGGGGGUCGAGAGGUCCUCAUGUGUGGAAACAAUAACUGUUGUCGGUGCUUCUGCGUGGAGUGCGUGGAUCUUCUUGUCGGACCAGGCGCGGCGCAGGCUGCUAUCAAAGAGGACCCCUGGAACUGCUACAUGUGUGGCCACAAGGGCAUCUAUGGGCUGCUGAAACGGAGGGAAGACUGGCCCACCCGGCUCCAGCACUUCUUUGCCAAUAACCAUGACCAAGAUUUUGAAGCACCAAAGCUUUACCCUCCCGUCCUAGCUGAGAAGAGGAAACCUAUUCGCGUCUUGUCGCUGUUUGAUGGCAUUGCGACAGGUCUGCUGGUGCUAAAGGACCUUGGGAUUCAGGUUGAGCGGUACAUUGCCUCUGAGGUGUGUGAGGACUCAAUCACUGUGGGGAUCGUCCGACACCAGGGCAGGAUCAUGUAUGUCGGGGAUGUGAGAAAUGUCACACGCAGACAUCUACAUGAAUGGGGCCCCUUUGACUUGGUUAUUGGAGGAAGCCCAUGCAACGACCUUUCCAUCGUCAACCCUGCAAGGAAGGGUCUAUUUGAGGGGACAGGUCGUCUGUUUUUUGAGUUCUACCGCCUUCUUCACGAAGCGAGACCCAAGGAAGGCGACAACAGGCCUUUCUUCUGGCUCUUCGAGAAUGUGGUGGCGAUGGGUGUCAGCGACAAGAGAGACAUCUCCCGCUUCCUCGAGUGUAACCCGGUGAUGAUUGAUGCCAAGGACGUGUCAGCCGCCCACCGAGCCCGCUACUUCUGGGGUAACCUUCCUGGUAUGAACAGGUUGGUGAGAGAACGACCGCUGGUGGCAAUGAUCAACGACAAGCUCGACCUGCAGGACUGUCUGGAACAUGGGAGAACAGCCAAGUUCAGCAAAGUGAGAACCAUCACCACUAGGUCGAAUUCUAUCAAGCAGGGCAAAGACCAGCACUUCCCAGUCUACAUGAACGAGAAGGAGGACAUUCUGUGGUGCACUGAGAUGGAGAGGGUGUUUGGAUUCCCUGUCCAUUACACAGAUGUCUCCAACAUGAGCCGCCUUGCCAGACAGAGACUCCUGGGAAGGUCCUGGAGUGUCCCAGUCAUCCGUCACCUGUUUGCACCACUGAAAGAGUACUUUGCAUGUGUUUAGAAUUCGAUACACUUGCAGAAAAACAAAAGAACUUAAAUACACAAGAACUGAUAUUUAACAAGAAAUAACAUUUUACUCCGGUGAUUUACAAGAAAAAAAAAACAUUUAAAGUAGGUGUUUCAAAUAAUUUCUUGUCUUUUUAAUGUCAUUCUUUUAUCCUAUUUAAUUGUUUUGUUGUUUUUUAAAUGUCAUUUUAAUUUUUAGCUAUAUUAUCCAGUGAAUAUUUUGGGUUGAUUUUAUGUGUGCAAGCUGUACUUGAGAAAAGGCUUUUCUCUAUUCUUUUACAGCCCUGAGUCAAUAGGUUAGAAGAUAGGAUUGAGUACUGAAAAGAAAUAUGAGUGGUUUCUGUAAAAUUAUUACAUAUAAUAUAUACAAUUUGAUAUGUAUACCGUAAAACUUCAAUUAAACGCCUCCGGCAUUUAUUUACUAUAUUUGCCAGCAGACCUGCCUUGUAUUGGAGACAGGUGAUUAUUUGAGACUGGUGUUUAUAUUAGAUCACUAGCUUCACAUGCUUCAUGCGAUCAUUGAGAAGCCACUAACACACAACCUUGUAGCAACAA